AUGCUCAGCACAGCAACAUCCCUCCUCGUCGUCGCCGCUCUGGCACAGGGCGUCUCGGCAAGCUGCUACUACGACGCGUAUGGCAGGUACUACUGCAACAACAGCGGGCUCUCGAGCGCGGCGCGUAUCGCCAUUGGCGUGUGCGUCGGCGUCGGCGUCUUCGUGCUCUUCAUGAUCGUCGGAGCCAUGCGCCGCAAGAAGAUCGCCGCCCAGUGGGCCCAGCACCGUCCCCCUCCUCCUAUCCAGAUGCAGCAGUCGUCGGACAACCCGUACGCCAACAACCCGCCGCCGCCCGUCAACGCCGACGCGUACGCCUCGUCGUCGUCGUACGCCGCCGGCAUUGCCGGCCAGGAGUCGGUCCCCAAGCCCGCAGCGUCGUACACCCCCGGCGGCGAGACGGGCAAGCACAACCUCGCGUCCGAGUACUAUGGCACCGAGGCCAACCCGUCCAACAACAACGGCGCAGACUUUGCAGACCACUCGUAUGAGUACGAGCAGGCCCAGGCCAACGCCGCCAACGGCGGUAACCCCCCGCCGGGCUACGACACCACGGCCUCGGGCUACGCGCCGCCCUCGGGCCCGCCCCCUGCCCACACGACCGGCCAGUACGCGGCCCCCUCGGGCCCGCCCCCGAGCACCAAGUACUAG